AUGAAGAAAGAAGCAACAUUCCCUGAGGCGGAAAGAGCAUCCUUGGAGCCAGGGCAGAGGGCGCAAGCCCAGGAAUGUGCCCCAAAUGCCCUUUGCUGUGGAAGUGAAGAGAUGUUGUUACCAAGAAGUGAAGAGAUGCUGUUACCAGGAAGUGAAGAGAUGCUGCUGAGCCGUCAUCUUUUCAGAGAUGUGGAAACGCCUGCUGCACUUCCUGUCCAGUGUCCCUUUUCCUUUGAGGAGGUGUCCAUCUAUUUCACCGAGGCAGAGUGGGCCCUGCUGGAUCCAGGGCAAAGAGCUCUCUACAGGGAAGUCAUGCUGGAGAACUAUGGGAAUGUGGUCUUUCUGGCCUGGAGUAUAAGAGAGACCUUGGUGGAGAUAGGCAACGAUCUUGCAUCCAAAGAAAGACUGGAGAGUUUCUCAAGAGGAUCCCAAGAGCAUAUUUCCUUCCCAUAUGAGUUGGCUGAGAACAAUGAUCAGAGGAAUGACGAGGGGGAGGAACUUCAUCAGCAAAUGCUCGAUGGAGGUAGAAAUGAAGACUUGAUAGAAAACUUCAAGAAUCAAGAGUGUGGGAAAAGAUUCAGUCGGAGCAGCAUUCUUCGGCAGCAUCAGAGAAUUCACACAGUGAAGAAACCUUUUGAAUGCUAA